GUCGUGCAAGGUUAAAUUGACAGUUUCACGUUAAGGAAACUAGAAAUUCUUUGACGUGUGCUACAUUAUGUAGCCAGAAAUAGGUCGUUAUCGUUAUCUUCAACCAGCGACAGAAGUGUACAUACAGUGUUUCAGCAUCAACAAUGAUUCGGAAGUUGGCUCUGUUCGUCACGCUGGUAUGUGUCACCCUUGCAGCGCCAGUACCAGUACAAGCCGCCACUUCGUUUCUAGAACUGCUGAAACAUGUGCCUACGGGGGGUGGCAGCAUUCUUUCAGAUGUUCUUCCUUCUAUUAGACCAGUACAAGCGGCCACUUCGUUUCUAGAACUGCUGAAGCAUGUGCCUACGGGGGGUGGCAGCAUUCUUUCAGACGUUCUUGCUUCUAUUAGACCAGAAGACUUACUGAAGAAUCGUCCCUGUGGUUUCACCAAUUGCCGUAUUCCUUCAUAUAACGUGGUGCCUAACUGUGGUGGUGGCGGCUGCCCUGACCCUCGCAGCUCUUUACAGAAGCUUUUUGGAGCCAUAGAUCCUAUCAUUGGCCCAUAUGCGCAUCAACUGACAGACACAGGUACCAUACUUGGCUGAAAUAAAAUGUGUAUCUCGUCGGUAUCUGAUAAUGUAUACCUUACGUAUGUCAUAAAAACAUUUGGGUGC